ACAUAGGCAGCAGAGGCCAUUAUUUCACGCCAUAGGUAGUGCACUUAAAGUAGGGAGUGAGGAGUUAUUUGGUGUUCAGCCACUGCAGUCAACUCAACUUGUGGACCACGAAGAAAGGCUUGUCUCAGCGAGGUUAAUUAUGGCUAGAAAUAGCAGAAAUCGCUCUUGAGGAUGAUUAUUAGCCGGAUUUUGGAGGUGUAUGUGAAUAAAAAAGAGGAUAAAGUUCUCGCAGAGUUUUUGCAGCUAGCCAACGGCAUCAGUUAGCAUGAACACUUCCUUAAUGCAAUGCUGAACGAUAAGAGAUUUAGCUAGCAACCGUGAAUUACAAAUGUGAGUAUGUGUUUAUAGCACUGUUAUUAAACAAAUUAUUAAACGCGUUCAGUUGCAAACGCGUUAUUUAGUUAUUAAGGUAAAUAAAUUAGUCUGAACGAUACUUGUAUAACAGGGUUAGCUGAGUUUACAGGAGCUACAUCAUGCGGUAACUCGACCAAGAAGGAAAAAGUGAUUUCCAGAGCAACUAGCUAAUUAAAUAACUUAGCAUACAUUAGCAUUGUUAGCAAGUUCUUAUAUCUUAAUAAAAUGUUGGAUAAAUAAAUAGCAUAGCUUUAGAAAUGUUUGUCUGCAUCAUUAGCUAGUUAUCUAAUUAUUUAUUCACAGCUAGGUAUCUUUCCUAGUUCCUAUUAUUUACUAGCUUAAGUUGCUAAGAUGUCUGACCUAGCUGAGUUUGUUUUUCUUCUGAAAAUAUUUUUCUUUAUUUCAUUUUAAUGUUUAGUGAAGUUUGAGGUUUUUACACCCUCAUUUAGAUACCUCAGUGGGAAAAAAAACACCUACAGGCUAAAAUAUUUUGCGUCCAAACUACCCAUCCUUCUCCUUUGGUUAUUCUGGCAACCGUUUCAUAACGUUUAGGGAACGUUUUCUUUUGCUUAGCAAACACACUCAUACAGGAAGGUUUCAGAAAAAUACAGAAAGUAUUUUUGUCCUUUUUUGUUAAACAUACAAACUUAUACAAAGUUGUAUUGGGAACUAAAAAAAGGUCUGUUCUCAGAACCAAAAACAAACGUUUCCAGAACAUUUUUGAAACUAAUACCUGUUAAUCAGGUACCUGUUAAACUGAGCCUUAUAGCUAAGUUAGAUAGAUAUAAAUGGGCUAACUGUUACAGAUAAAAAAAAUUAUUCUUCUUGAACAUAAAAACAGAAAAGGUUUACAGUACGACUUUUACAGUACGACUUAAAUGUGUAAAAAGCUUUGCAGUGACCUCCUAGUUUGCUGAAUUCUGUUGAAACGCUUAGAUCUCGUGCAAAGCGGACACAGUUCAGAAGCUUUAAUGUUACACAUUUGACCAUUGUUCCCACUAGUAUGUGUGAAACCGCACUAGCUCAUUUUAUCUAGUGUCUCAGCAAGCUCUGCUCUGCAAAAAAAAAAAAAAUGCCUGGAGUAUAUUCAAAACUUCCCUCACAACUGAAGAGGUCUUCAGCAGCAAAGAAAGCGGUUUUCCUCCUCGUUGCUGCAUACGGAGCGAAAAGACUCUACCCGUACAUUUCUGAACGGCUUAAAGGACGGAUUGAUCCUCAGCACGGUAGACUGAACGUGCACAGUAGACCGAACGAAGAGCCACUGGAGGUCACGGAGAAAGGAAAAAGGAAGAGAAACUCUCCGGCUGUGAAUCGAGAAUUCCUUUUGCGCUUAAAGCGGCUUCUGAGCAUCCUUUUCCCUCGGCUUUUCUGCAAAGAGCUGGGUCUGUUGGGUUUCCACUCAAUCGCUCUCAUCUCACGCACAUUCCUGUCUAUUUAUGUAGCCAACUUGGAUGGGAAAAUAGUGAAGACCAUAGUGAAGAAAGACCCCCAGGCAUUUGUGUGGGAGUUAACCAAAUGGCUCCUGAUCGCUAUCCCUGCAACGUUUGUGAACAGCGCUAUUCGUUAUCUGGAAGGCCAGCUAACCCUGGCUUUUCGCACCAGGCUGGUGAGCCAUGCCUACCAGCUCUACUUCAGCAACCAGACCUAUUAUCGUGUCAGCAACAUGGACAGUAGGCUGGCCAACCCGGACCAAUCACUGACGGAGGAUGUGGUGAUGUUCGCCGGCUCUGUGGCUCACCUGUACUCCAACCUGACGAAGCCCUGCCUUGAUGUGGUGAUGACCUGCUACACGCUGAUCAAAACCGCACAGUCUAAAGGCGCCAACACGACUUGGCCUUCGGUGAUUGCCGGCAUCGUGGUGGCGCUCACGGCCAAAAUCCUGCGGGCAUUUUCCCCACGCUUCGGCAAGCUAGUGGCCGAGGAGGCCAAGAGGAAAGGGGACCUGAGGUACAUGCACUCACGCAUCAUUGCCAACUCAGAGGAGAUCGCCUUCUAUGGGGGUCACAAGGUGGAGAUGUCGCAGCUGCAGCGGAGCUACGAGGCGCUGCGCUCGCAGAUCAACCUGAUCCUCUUCAAGCGGCUGUGGUAUGUCAUGCUCGAACAGUUCCUCAUGAAGUACCUGUGGAGCGCCUCGGGUCUCGUCAUGGUGGCCGUGCCCAUUAUCACAGCUACGGGGUACUCCUCACGUGAUUCAGAGGACGUGAAGCAGGCGGUGAUGGUGAUGAAAGAGGAAGAGAUGGUGAGCGAGCGCACGGAGGCCUUUACCACAGCCAGGAAUCUUUUAAACGCAGGAGCCGACGCUGUGGAGCGGAUUAUGAGCUCCUACAAGGAGGUGACGGAGCUGGCAGGCUACACGGCACGUGUGUAUGAGAUGUUUGAUGUGUUUGAGGAGGUGCGUGUUGGUGUGUAUCGCCGAUCAGUCGAGGACCCACAGGGCACAGACAACCGUGGCGGUUCACGUGAGGUGAAGCAUGGUAUGAGGUUGGAGGGGCCCCUACACAUUAGAGGUCAAGUGAUUGACGUGGAGCAAGGCAUCAGGUGUGAGAACCUGCCGAUAAUAACACCCACAGGCGAUGUGGUAGUGUCCAGCCUCAACAUCAAGGUGGACGAAGGGAUGCAUCUGUUAAUCACGGGCCCGAACGGCUGCGGUAAGAGCUCGCUGUUUCGGAUCCUGAGCGGCCUGUGGCCUGUAUACAGCGGCGUCCUGUACAAACCUCCGCCGCAGCACAUGUUCUACAUCCCACAGAGGCCGUAUAUGUCCGUGGGCACUCUGCGGGAUCAGGUGAUUUACCCCGACACGGAUCAGGAGAUGCGGGAGCAAGGUUUCACAGAUCAGCAGCUGGAGGGAAUCCUGCGCACCGUCAACCUCCUCUAUAUCCUCGAGAGGGAGGGAGGUUGGGAUGCAGAAAGUGAUUGGAAGGAUGUUCUGUCUGGAGGAGAGAAGCAAAGAAUGGGCAUGGCCAGGAUGUUCUACCACAAGCCCAAAUACGCUCUCCUGGACGAGUGCACCAGUGCCGUUAGCAUCGAUGUGGAGGGCAAAAUCUUUGAAGCCGCUAAGGAUGCUGGGAUUGCACUUCUCUCAAUCACACACCGUCCGUCUCUGUGGAAGUACCACACCCACCUGCUGCAGUUUGAUGGUGAGGGCGGCUGGCGCUUUGAAAAGCUGGACGCGUCCACGCGGCUGUCUCUGCAGGACGAGAAGCUGAGGCUGGAGACACAGCUCUCAGGGAUCCCCAAGAUGCAGCAGCGUCUGUCUGAACUGUGCAGCAUUCUGGGUGAAAACAGCAGCCUGCUGAGCCCCAUGGAGACAGAGGGGGAGCGACAGGGGGAGGAGGAGAGAGAGAGGAAGCAGCAGGAGGAGAGGGAGGAGAGAGACGCGCUCCCUGGUGAACAGGGACGAGGCCUUAUGGAGUGAUUUGAUGCCAGGAGACGGAGAUGAUUUCAAAGCCAGCUGUUUGUGUGAGCGUGUCUGUGCGUGUGAAUGUGCGUGCGUGUGUGUGUGAGUCUGUGCGAGUGUGCGGAACCAUGUACAUGGGUAAAGAAUCUCAGAUCAAAAUUAUUAGCUCUGAUGUGGUCUUUAGGGGCUUUCCUUAACUGCGUUUUCUACUGCGUGCAUAUGUGUGCAUAUGUGUGUGUGUGUGUGUGUGUGUUAGAGGUCGGGAAAAGCAUGAAGCUGGUGCCAGUUUUUGCAGGUGCAGCAGAUGAUGAAAGCUGCUCAAUCCCAUGUUAUUACAGUUCUCUACAGAAUUUGCACAAACACUCUGGCACCUUGGAUGUGUGUGUGUAUGUGUGUGUGUGUGUGGAAGUGAGAAAGGAGAGAAGGGAGGCAUUUGGAAAAGGGCUGCUGUCAGACCACUGACUGCAGUUGUGUUGUACUGUUCGUUUUAAUAACAGUCUCACGAUGCUGAUAUAACGUUAGGGAUUACCACUCGGUGCUGUAGGCUUCUUUUUGUGCCGUGUUUUGUACAAAAGGCAGAAGGUUUGAUUUUAUACUCUGUCAGGAUGAAAACCACCACACAGUUUGACAGAGUGGUUUGUGAAACUAUGAAUCAGGGUUGGGUGAUUAUGUCAAAAACCUGUAUCAUGAUACUUAGGAAUUUCUCAGAAUGUGCUUAUAGCCUAUUUACAUCUUCUAGCUGGGUAUUCUCAGUCAUAUGACAGUUACCUGUCUUAGAGGAUAAAGCCUAACUUGUUUUCUUUAACACGCUUGGAGGAGAGCACUAACUGUUCUAUUCUGUAUUCACGAGCUAAGAAACUUGCACAACUCCACCGGACAGUGUGGUAUCGCACAGUUCAGUAUGAAAUCAGUCGUUGGUAACUAAGUACCUGUGAUGCAAUUGCUUUUCCUUUUAUCAAGAGCACUGAACAUGCACAUAUGCGUGGAGCUGGGAAUGGUGCAGACAAACAAGUGCUAUUGAACUACUGGGCAUGAAUGGCUGUGGAAUUGUCAGGAUUCAAACGUGUGAUCUGACAAAAGAGUAAAAUCCUAUACAUCUGCACAACUUGAGAACUCAAAAAUUUCAUAUGAAGUUAUUUUUACAACACACAAUCGGUAUAUUAACGUGUGCUAAAUAUACACAGUAGCGAUUUUAUUUAUUUAUUUAUUUAUUUCCCAAAACGUAAAUUAUGGUUUCAAUUAUUUAGAUUUAACAUGAAUGUUAUAAGAAGGGAACAGAAUGUGAGGCGAUGUGCUGUUAUAGGAAGAUGAUCAACAACACGACGGUGUGAUGUUACCACCCUGAAGUUGGUUAUUUUCCUAUAACAGCAUAUCCCACAGUGUUUUGUUCCUCUUAUACCACAGCUACUUGCCAACAGUUACAAUUUUGAAUUUAUUAAUGAACAACGUUCCAUUUAAGGUUGUGGAAUGAAAGUGAAACAGGUUGGUUCCUCUUAUCACUUAGAUUAUGUGGAACGUCCACCAUACAAGUCAAUGUUACUAAAGAAAGAUAACCUACUAGAACAAACGCAUUAAUAUAAACCUGUGAUUUGUCUUACAGCUGGCAGUACUAUCAGAGCUGCUGUUAAGGAAAAUUAAUCAACACCUUCUGACCAUUCGAGAUUGAGAAUAGGACAUCGCUGUGGUAUAACUAGAUUUUAACGUCCAACUAGCUGUUUUUGUGACUAACAAUCAGUCAGUGUUUGUUAGUAAACGUACUGAUAACUAUGCUAAAAAAAAAGGAUGCAUACACGUGUAUCAUGAUACUGAUGUUACGUUGUCAUAUUUCCCAACCCUACUACGAAUGAUUUUGUGAAUGACAAUGAGGCGUGGAGCAGUGACUCUACGAUAAACGGUCACGUCCACUGCCGAGGUCACUACAGUUCAAUCAGCGAGAGCUGCCUGAGAGGAAGUUUGCUAACUUUCCUUGUUUUAUCUUUGCUGUAGCAGUCUGUAGCGAAUUGAUUUAAUCCAUCACUGUAGAUGCAUCUCUGUUCACUCUUAUUACCGGUCUCUGGACUGUGUUAGAUUUAGAAGACCUUUUACUCUUUAAAGGCCUUGGUUUAAUCAUAGCGAUGUAAAAACCUGAAGUCUAAUGUUUUAGACUUUUAAUCUGCACACUAUUAAAUAUAUACAGUAAAUGCCACUUUGAGCCAUUAACGCUGUGUGAUAUAUGAGAAAUAUAUCAACAGUUUAAUACGAUCUUGUUAUAACAAUGAACAUUAUUUUAUUAGAUUACCUCCUUUUGUAUAUUAUGAAAGUGUCCUUUCAAUUUCACAUUUCGAAUUCUUAAAAAAAUCAAACCUCUUACUUUAUUGAUUUUAAACUCAAUCAAUUGACUGAUGUUUGAUUGUAGCCAAAUAUUAAUCGCUGCUUUAAAAAUGUUUAAAUGUGCCCACUAUGUUUAUAAAAUUUAUUUUUAUCAUGGUAUUUCCCUAAAAGUAAUAAAUUAAGAUUUUGCACAGGUGGUUUUGUAUCAUGAAUAUCAAGGAACCACUAUAAUCUGAUGAAUUUUCCACAUAGAGCAUGUGCUGAAUAUGACUGUUUCAGAACUAACAUUUUUUGCUCUACUUGAUUUUUACAAAUGUUAACUUUGGAUAUACUUCGACUCUGUAAUAAACUUCUCAUUGUUGUCAGUGAUAGAGAUUUAAUUUGCACAUUUGCCUGCAUGACUAUAGAUUAGUUUGUUCAUAGAACCUAAUAAAUCACAUUAUUUAGAAAUCCA